CUGGUCCUCGCCGCAGUCUGCUCUCCCUCAUGCUACCCAUAUAUCGUGCUGGAAGGUGGCUGAUGUUGCACCUUCAAAGUCGAGGGCAAAGCAAUCCUUCUUGUCCAGUCGUGCACGUGGACGUUAUACCCUGUAGCUCUUGCCGAGCAUCCUCCCUCCCGUUCUCCACAUAAGGAAGUGCAUAUAUCUUCGCCCUCGCUCGCUCUUCCUUUCUCUUUUCUUCUCCCCAGUACAAACCAGUCUUUCUCCAGGAAAACAUUGGCAGCAACACCCUUUUCUGUCCAGUAUAUCCUCCCCCUACACUCAGCAAUACACCCCCAGCUGCAUAUCAAUCUUCCAGUUGGUCGACCAUCGACUCACCGUCUCCGUUGGUCGUCGUUUGGUAUUGCUACCAUCCACCAUCCCAACCAUCACUUCAGAGGCACGUACAACGCAUACAGUACAGCUCUCAUAGAAGCAGCCUCAGCUACUACACUCGCUGUAAGUCCUCUCGCCAGCUUUUUUGUCGGUGCACCACUAACUUGCUCGCAGAGAAAAGUUUCUGCAAGUCGAUCGUCGCAACCUCUCUAAGAAACAUCAUCUACACCGAGACAAGAUGGUUUCCAACAACCGCAACGCGGGUGGCAUGACCAAGCGUGAGGCUGAUCUCCGCAUCGCCGUUCCACGGCCGUCAUCGUAAGUCCUCUCCUUUCGCUGUUCCCGUCACCGCCUUGACCCAACUAACCACAGACAUAGGUCCAAGCAGAGCUCAGCUCACCAGCCAGGCAAGCCGACUGCCCAGUCUUCGCAUGCAUCGGCAUCGUCGCAAGAGUCCAAGCACGGCAAUGUCAACGGGAUUGGCAACUGCCUCAUCAUCCCUCAGAAGAGUUCGCAGCAGCUGAGUGGUGAAGCAAGCAAGUUCGAGCCCGAGACCAAGUCGACCCAGGGCCCAUUUCUUCGUGCUCUCCUCCACGACAGUACUCCAGAGGACACCACGUUGGUCAUGGUCACCAACAACAGUGGUUCCGCACCGGUCAUCUAUCAAGAGAUAUCGCCGAUCGGUACUCGUUCUGAGCAUGAGGGCAGCACGUUUCCGAAGAUCUUCUCCACUGACACUGGUGGCACAUUCAUCGGCAGCCACUAUGUACAAAUCCAGAACAUCCAGAGCGUCGAAGACCUCAACGAUGGCAUCAAGAAGACUGCCAACGAGGUACGCCGCUGCCUGCCCCCUUGUUGCAUUGACUUGGCUGACAUGACCUUGCAGUGGGACCAUACCCAGAAGCUGGACAUCUUCGACACCAAGGUGGCCAUGCCCGAGCAUCGAGGCACACCAUCGGCAUUCAUCGCGUUCGACGAUCUCCGUGAUGCUGAUCUUCUGCGCGAACGCACCGAUGCCUGCAAGCCGCAGUGGCAGGUCAACUACGUGACUCACGGCGAGUACGACCAAGCAAUCAACAGUAUUGACAAUGCCCCAUCCAAAGCUCGCUUCUUCGAGGGCCAAGCCCUGUUCGUUGCCCGACCAGCAGACCACUCAGCAUCCAAGAACGAGCUGAAUAUCCCCGAGCUUGCUGAAGGUCUCAUCAAGCUUGCGGGCCAGUUUGGUGAAGUCGUCGCCUUCAACGAUGUUACUCAGGAGAAUGCUGGAGAGUACCACUUUCGUCUUGAGUAUUACAAGAUGACCGCUGCGCGCCGUCUGCUCAACAACGUGAACGAAAUGGACUGUGAGACCGUUGGUGUGAGUACAUUCUGCAACCAUCGGGCUGAACAUUGCUGACAUGACUGCAGCCUUUCUACGUGAUCGCGCAGCCAUACAACCACGCUCGCUCCAGCGACGUUGACCACGACAACGAGUCGUACUACACUGGCACCGGGUCCCAAUACGCCGGCACCGAGUCUCGCUACGCCAGCACGCCUCACCUGCCUAUGCCCAGCGAAGUUGGCGAGAUUGAAGUCAGCCCGAGCGGACGUACAGCUUGGCGAUAUGGCCCAGAUGGAGACAUCAUUACCGAGAUGCCUUCGAAGGUCGUUCCCAAGGUCGUUAAAGACCAUGCCUUCGGCACUGGCUUCCGUCAAGAGCAAGUAUACCGUGGCGGUCGAUACCCUCCGCCGGUCCAGGCUUCAAACCAAGGCUUUCAAGGUCAUCACGGCCACCCAGCUCAACAUGGCUACCUGGCUCCUCAAGUCUUUCCAGGUCCUUACGUCCAUCCAGGUCCUCACGGCUACCAAGAUCCUUACAGCCAUCCAGGUCCUCAGAGCUUUCCAGGUUCCGACGUCUGCCCAGGUCCUCCCGUCUGCCCAGGUCGUCACGUCUGCCCAGAUCGUCACCCCUAUCCAGCUCCGCACGGCUAUGCAACUCAUCACAGCUUUCCACCUCAGCACGUCGCCUCAUCUCAUCACGGCUCCCAAGGUGCCAACUACACGUACUCGGGCCAGUACAGCACCGGCGCUUCGGGUGGACCUUCUCGGCGCAACGAUACAUUCCACCGUACACCAAUGCACAACAUCCACGGCCGUCGAGGAUCCAACCAACGCGACACCGGCACAGAGCCACAGUCGAUCAACGUCGACACCAUCCUGAAGGGCUACGAUGUGCGCACCACCGUGAUGCUUCGCAACAUCCCAAACUGGUGGCACUGGACCCAACUCAAAGAACGCCUUGACGGCGUCAUCCCAAACCAGUACGACUUCUCGUACCUGCGCAUCGAUUUCCAGCGCGACAUGAACGUCAGCUACGGCUUCAUCAACUUCAUCGACGCCAACCUCAUCCCGCCCUUCAUCAAGGCCAUGCAUAAUACAGAGUGGCAAAAGGGCCACCGCCCUAAGCGGGUCUUCGAGUGUUCGUACGCGACGAUCCAGGGGGUUGACUGCCUCAUCGAGAAGUUCCGCAACUCGGCCGUCAUGGACGAGACCCCCAUUCACCGCCCCAAGCUGUGGUAUACAGCCCUCGACAACGUCCAUCCGGCCUUCAUCGGCUAUGAGCGGCCCUUUCCAGGGCCAAACAACAUGUCAAAGGCUCAGCGGAGCCACGACAACGCCGGCGCCGUUGGUCUGUUCCCCCCUCGCUCGGGGCACCGAAGCGACCGCUCCCACCGCUCCCAGUGGGACCGUGGCACCGGCCACCAGCAGCAAGAGGACGCCGCGCUCUGGGGCUACCAGAACUACGUUGCCGGCCCGCCGGCUGUCCACCCUGCCGCCACCAUGCCACCACCGCGCAGCAUGAUGCAGUACCAGCCCGGCUCGGGCUUAGGAGAGCAAGAGGUGCCGCGUGCCUUCUCCGCCGCUGCCCGCCACCAGGAGGGCUCUGCUGGCGCUGCUCGCGGUGGCCGCGCUGUCGGCGGACAGCAGAAUACCCGCCGUUAGAGGGGGCCUGGGCAAAUACUUGUGUGUGUGUGUGUGUGUGUGUGUGUGUGUGUGU